AGAAAUGUCGACAAGAAUGUAAAAGGUCCUGCCCGGUCGUUCGCAGUGGAAAGCUUUGCAUCGAAGUCAACCCGGACUCCAAGAUCGCCUUCAUCUCUGAAAGUCUUUGCAUCGGAUGUGGUAUCUGCCCUAAGAAAUGCCCCUUCGAUGCUAUCACCAUUAUCAACCUGCCCACCAACCUCGAAACCCAAGUCACCCACCGAUAUUCUGCGAACAGCUUCAAACUCCACCGGCUGCCGACGCCGCGACCUGGUCAGGUCUUAGGUCUCGUCGGAACGAACGGUAUCGGAAAGAGUACUGCCUUAAAAAUUCUUAGCGGCAAACUCAAGCCUAACUUGGGAAGAUAUGAAAACCCGCCGGAUUGGGAAGAUGUCAUCAAGUACUUCAGAGGAUCCGAGUUGCAAAACUACUUUACCAAGGUUCUCGAAGAUGACCUAAAGGCUGUUGUUAAGCCCCAAUACGUUGAUCAGCUCCCGCGAGCUGUUAAGACGCCCGACAAGAGUGUCAAGUUCCUCCUCGAACACAGAUCCGCUAUGGGUAAUAUGGACGAGGUCCUCGACGUCUUGGAGCUUCGUCAUAUUCUGGAUCGUGAUGUCAACCACCUAUCUGGUGGAGAAUUGCAGCGAUUCGCCAUUGGAACAGUCUGUGUCCAGAAGGCUGAUGUAUACAUGUUCGACGAGCCGUCUUCUUAUCUCGAUGUCAAGCAGCGUCUUUCUGCUGCGCGAAUGAUCCGUUCUCUGCUCGGUCCUGAUAACUACGUCAUUGUCGUCGAGCACGACUUGUCAGUCCUUGACUACCUUUCCGACUACAUCUGUGUUCUCUACGGUAAACCCGCCGUAUACGGUGUUGUUACUCUUCCCCACUCGGUCCGCGAAGGCAUCAACAUUUUCCUUGACGGUCAUAUCCCUACUGAGAACUUGCGAUUCCGAGAAGAAUCUUUGACAUUCCGUAUUUCAGAAGGCACCGAUGACUUCCAAGCCGACAAGGCUCGUGCCUUCAGCUACCCGAAGAUGCAGAAGACCCUCGGAAACUUCAAGCUUAGCAUUGACGGUGGUGAAUUUACCGACUCGGAAAUCAUCGUUAUGAUGGGUGAAAACGGUACAGGAAAAACUACCUUCUGCAGACUUCUAGCCGGUGCUCUUAAGCCAGAUAACGCUGAGAAGGUUCCUGAGAUGAGAAUCAGCAUGAAGCCUCAGACCAUUACUCCCAAAUUCGAGGGUACCGUCCGGCAGCUAUUCUUCAAGCGAAUCAAGCAGGCCUUCCUCUCCCCGCAGUUCCAGACUGACGUCGUAAAGCCUCUCAAGUUAGACGAUUUCAUCGACCAGGAAGUCAAGAACCUGUCAGGUGGUGAAUUGCAACGUGUUGCCAUCGUCAUGGCACUCGGAUUACCAGCUGAUAUCUACUUGAUUGACGAGCCCUCUGCCUACUUGGACUCCGAGCAGCGUAUCAUCGCAGCACGUGUGAUCAAGCGCUUCAUCAUGCACGCUAAGAAGACAGCAUUCAUUGUGGAGCACGAUUUCAUCAUGGCUACGUACUUGGCAGAUCGCGUCAUUGUGUUUGAUGGAAAGCCGGGUAUCGAUGCCCAUGCUAACAGGCCCGAGUCGCUGCUUACUGGAUGCAACACUUUCUUGAAGAACCUCGAUGUCACCUUCCGUCGCGACCCGACGAACUACAGGCCUCGUAUCAACAAACUCAACAGUCAGUUGGACCAGGAGCAGAAGUUAAGUGGAAACUACUUCUUCCUGGAGGAAGACAGCUCUUGAAACGGGCAGCCUACACGAUAACGGCCAGCAUGAGGGCCGCAAGCAUCAUCAUCAUAAUACCCCAUCAGCAUCGGAUACCGGCGUUUUAGGCGUACAAAAAGGGGGUUCGACGCGCCGAGAGAAUGGAAGCGCGCAUGAGAUAUCCGGCUUGGAUGCGGAUGGUGGGGAGGAAUGCGAUGAUCCCGACGAACAACGACCGCGACGAUGGUCUAACCCCCCUCCCCCUAUUCGUCUAGUUCCACGACUAUUGGGUUCUAGAUCCAUUAGUUAAAGAAAGAGAGGCGAAGGGGAUAGAUAGACGGGUGGAUGGCUGUCGUCAUGUCUACUAAUGGCAUAUACAUUUACAUACCUAACCUACCUAUAUAUGUCAUUUGGGUUUCACGGUCGUCGUAGUUGAGAGAGAUAGAGAUAGAGAUGCGGUAGUCUAGGGGAAAGAAGUGGGGGACAUAAAUAUACGAUGCGCUCGUCAGAACAAGUGUACCUAUUUAUUCCCUCGGCGUAUUUUUGGUGAACUGAAGACUACUUAUUUUGCAAUUGGUUGGGAACUCAAUACGUACUAAUACUUCGCGUAAUCACUUUGUAACGUACCUCUCGAGGGCCCAAAUAGGGGUCAGUAAGGUAGCUAAGUAGCGCUUCAUAAACCAAACUCCCAAGA